AUGGUGCUUCUGCUGGUCAUCCUCAUCCCGGUGCUGGUGAGCUCGGCCGGCACGUCGGCGCACUACGAGAUGCUGGGCACCUGCCGCAUGGUCUGCGACCCCUACGGGGGCACCCGGGCGCCCAGCACGGCCGCCACGCCGGACCGCGGCCUCAUGCAGUCCCUGCCCACCUUCAUCCAGGGCCCCAAAGGCGAGGCCGGCCGGCCGGGGAAGGCGGGCCCGCGCGGGCCCCCCGGUGAGCCCGGACCGCCGGGUCCCGCGGGGCCCCCGGGCGAGAAGGGCGAACCGGGCCGCCAAGGCCUGCCGGGCCCGCCCGGGGCGCCCGGCCUGAACGCGGCCGGGGCCAUCAGCGCCGCCACCUACAGCACGGUGCCCAAGAUCGCCUUCUACGCCGGCCUCAAGCGGCAGCACGAAGGCUACGAGGUGCUCAAGUUCGACGACGUGGUCACCAACCUCGGGAACCACUACGACCCGACCACCGGCAAGUUCACCUGCUCCAUCCCGGGCAUCUACUUCUUCACCUACCACGUCCUGAUGCGGGGAGGGGACGGCACCAGUAUGUGGGCUGAUCUCUGCAAAAACAACCAGGUGCGUGCUAGUGCGAUUGCCCAAGAUGCUGAUCAGAAUUACGACUAUGCCAGCAACAGCGUGGUUCUUCAUUUGGAGCCAGGAGACGAAGUCUAUAUCAAAUUAGAUGGCGGGAAAGCCCACGGAGGAAACAACAACAAAUACAGCACGUUUUCUGGAUUUAUUAUUUAUGCGGACUGAUAAUGCCGAAAUCAAGCUUGAGAUUCUGAGUUUGAACCCUGGAUUCGUGUGGCUAACGUCAGUGAAUCAAAGAUCCGAGGGGAUGCCAGUUACAGGGCGCCUCAGUUGUGUAUAUGUGGGGAAAUCAAAUGCUACCUGACUCACAUCUGUACCGCUCAGAAACAUUAUGUAAAAAAUAUAUAUAUAUAAAAACAAGAUAAACAGAUGUGUGAUCCACUACCGCCAAAGCAAAUACUCCUAUUGUUAGUGUCCAUGUGAAUGAAGUCCUAUAUAGAUCACAAAUUUUUAUAGAAAAAUCUAAGACACUGAAUUAUUUCUUCGAUAUAUAUAAUACUUUGGUGUACUGUGAUCUUGCUGCUUUUAUCCAUAUGUCAGCUUUGGUUCUUGUGAGUUUACCUGCUUAUUAGGAUACAUGGAGUCCGUUCAUAGUGUGGGGAAGAAUGAUUUUACCCUGCAGGAGAAGGUCUGAUUGAAAUAAUGCUGCUUGUCCCCAAAGAAAUUGUUUGCCUUGUUACUUUCGUGACCUUUAGAGCUAGACCUGGGAAAGAUUCAACUUCAAGCCUUAACCUGGAAUUUUCUGGAUUUGAGGGAAUUCCCAAGCCUGUGGUCAUUUUCACAUUUCCUUUUUCUUAGGAAUUUUCCUUUUCUCUCUUUUCUAGUGAUAGUCUGUAAAAAUAGAGAUUGACCUUGUAUCAUAGGAUUAUCCUCUAAGUGUGAAAAUGUGUAAUCAUGUGUGGUAUUUAGGAAAUCCCUUAUGUGUCCGUUUUGUCGACCGAAUACAUUUAGAUUUACUUGGAAAGUCAGAGAAAUUGAUUCUUUAGUGUUCAAUCAAACUGAGGCUUUUCCCUUCUUUGGAACAAAAGAUUAUUCAUCACCCAAUGCACAAAGGUUUAAUUUGAGCUACUGCACGUGUCACUGUCACCUUCGAACAGUUACUGCAAGUCUGUGGCCUGAGGUUAUUUCAAAAUUAACAAUUUCACAUAUAACCAAUAUGAUAACAAAGUGUUUAUAUUUUAUACAAACACCUGCCCCCCCACACACACACGUUAAAUGAAAUAUUUUAUAUAUAUAUAAAAAUAUAUAUAUGGCUUUAGUUCCAUAAGGCACAGUGGCUGUAUAGUCUCAAAAUUUUAAUUUAAAAAACUAUAUGCAUAUAUGCAGUCACACACAAACAUGCAUAAAUUAUUUGACAUAUUUUGGAUUGAAAUAUAUUCUCAAUGAUGAAAAUAUAUGGAGUAGCAAAAUAAUGAAAAUGACUUCUCUUUAAGAAUUAUCCAGAAAAUUAAAUUUUAUUAGAUUGACAUGCCCUAUACGUCACAUGUCGGCAAGUUAAGGCUAUGGUUGCUCUAUCACCAUAUGCCAAUCAAUAUUUUAACUGCAUUCUGUGGCAGACUGUUAAUAUGAGGACUACAUAAACCAAGUGGCUUUCUUUCGCAAUAUUUAUGAAUUAGGUGCAUUUGAGUAAUCAAUUUUUUGUUUUUUCUCAGAUGGAUUGAGGCUGACAGUACAGUAGACUUUGAGAGUAAUGCAAAUCCUUUCUCUCGGGUUAAAACACUCCCAAAAGCCAUCUCUUUAAUCUAAGGAAAAGAUUAAAAAUGCAUGUUGAUAUCUCCUAACUAUCACACAACUUCCACUAUUACAAUGAAAAAUCUGUUCCCCUUUCAGUUGCCUUUGAAGACUCUUUUGACAAGUAGAUUUCAAAAGCAGAGAUUGAAAAAUCUGCUUGUUUUAGUCGUGAAGGAGAUUUGCAUUUUUUCAUUUAAAGGAAUUAGUUUGUUCUCCUGGCUCGUUCCUCUUUGGUACUUUCUGUUCUAAUACACAGAAAGCUUGAUCAUCUUUGAUCAGCACAAAUAUCUUUUAUUUAGCAAAGCUCAACUUUCCAAGAGUUAUGCAUGGCGUUCCCAUCUGAAGGUGUUCUUUGCUCUGUUUAAAUGUUUUGGUCUCUGCAACUGUCAUGACUUAUAUGAUUAAAAACAGCCAUUAAAAAAAAUUAAAACCCAGCCAUUCAUCAAGAAUAAUGACUAAUUCUAUCUGGCCUUUCUAAUAUAUAAGAUAACUCAUAAAUGAAUUGCAAUGGAUUUUAUUUCUAUUUAACAAUAUGUAUUUAUCAAAGAGGAAUUGGUAGCAAGGGUUUGGAGAAGUUUUUUAGGUCCCAAAUAACAUAAUGAGGAUUCAACCAAAAGAUUAAUUUAUAAACAGCAGUAUUAUAUCAACUAAGUGUUUUAACCAAGAGUUUUAAAAAAGGCUUUCUUUACACAAAAUAUCAGGGUUGGAUAUCUUUUAAAGAGUAGGCUCUAGAAUCAGCCUGUCAUUUCCAAUAGAUCUGACCUUUUCUUCAGAUAAAGAAGCAUUAUUUUUCUCUGUUUAGGCCCAAGGAAAAACAAAAGGUAAAGGAUAUAAAGGGAAUAUAUAUAAGGCAAACAUUUCUCUUUUUUUGCAUUAUAUCUUAUCAGUUAAAUUGUGGCCUUUGUUAUUAUAAAUGUAAUGAUUCAUUAAACUAUAUUAUG